CAGCCCUGCCAUUCAAGUCAAGUGCGCGCCAUCACGACGAUGGACACGACCGAGUCUGGCCACGUGGAUGAAGCAGCGGCGGAAUCGUCAACGCUCCUGCCGUUCUCUGACGACAAGCUGGCCGUGUGUCUUGAGGUUCUUGCGGCUAUUGCUACGGACAUGAACGUCGUGGAGCUCCCAGCGAUGCGCAACUUUCGCAAGGUGUUGGCUCCAGUGUCCGACUACAUGGAGAGCCGCAAGUUCAAAGGCAAAGGCCGAAAGAAAUACUUGGAAGACCAAGAAUUGCGGCGCGAGAAGGAGGCGCGCAACAUCAAGCGCAAAAUGAACGACCACAAGUACAUCAACAGCGCGACGUUGCGUCGGGCUCGUGUGGAGAAACUGAACGAACUGCUGGAGCAAGGCAAGGGCGAAGAAGAGAACGCUUUCCUGCCGCUGAUUGCCGACGGCGCGGCCGACGAAUCCGCCCCCACGCUCCUGCUCGAAGAUGGACACCACCCUGUCAUCGUUCCCAAGGUGGAAUUGAACAAGCAGCGCUCGUGCUACACGUGCAAAGUCCGCUAUGAAGCGCUGCAUCACUUCUACGACCAAUUGUGCCCCACCUGUGCGGAAGUCAACUACACCAAGCGAAUGCAAUCGGCCGAUUUGCAUGGCAAAGUGGCGCUGGUAACUGGUGCUCGCGUCAAGAUCGGGUACCACACGGCGUUGAAACUUCUGUUGGCAGGUGCCACUGUGAUUGCCACCAGUCGGUUUCCGCACGACACAGCGGAACGGUAUGCGGCCCAUCCUGAGUAUGCCACGUUCAAGCACCGGCUGCAUGUGUUUGGCAUUGAUUUUCGGGACUUGGUUCAUUUGGAGCACUUUCUCGACCAUGUGCUGCAAACGUACACUCGUCUGGACGUUGUAGUGCACAACGCAUGCCAGACCAUUCGGCGGCCGACCACGUACUACGCGCACAUGAUGCCGAAGGAAGCGACGCCGUUCGCGCAGCUGUCCCCGGAUGUGCAGACGACUGUGCAGCAGCAUCACGCGUUCACGGACACCUUGCAUCGACAUGAUGCCAUGUUGGCCGACGGCCGCAAGUCUGCCGCCGCCACGGGCGCGACCCAUAUGCCAUCAUCCAUUCCCAGCGCGUUGAAGUCGCAAGUGCCGAUGCUGCUGGAAGACCACGACAUGUCGUCGUCGCUGUUCCCGCAAGGACGCACGGACGUGAAUGGGCAGCAGCUCGAUUUGCGCACGACCAACUCGUGGGUGUUAAAAAUGGGCCAAGUGACGACGCCCGAAGUGGCCGAAGUAUUUGCGAUCAACACGCUGGCACCGUUCAUCAUGAACAGCCGCCUGCGUGCACUCAUGGAGAAGACCGACGCCAAAGCCAAGUACAUUAUCAACGUCAGUGCCAUGGAAGGCAAGUUCUACCGCUACAAGACCCCCAACCACCCCCACACGAACAUGGCCAAGGCGGCGCUUAACAUGAUGACGAGGACGUGCGCGGAAGAGCUGAGCAAGCACGGCAUCUACAUGAAUUCCGUCGACACGGGGUGGAUCAACGACGAAAACCCAUUGGAAAAGGCGCACAAGUACGCGGAGACGGCCAACUUUCAAACGCCCAUCGACGAAAUCGACGCCGGUACACGUGUGUCGGAAUCAAGCAUAGUGUGCUGCUGCUUUGAGCGUCUACUUAUUGUCGAUAUCUGCGCUGAUUCCCAGCAACUCCAUCUGUCCAUGUAUUGAAUGUUGAGCAAGCACAGUAUUUGAAGUCACAGUCGAAUUCGAUGAUGUUUGAUUGGCCACUUGAAGAACGUGUUCUGGCUUUUGAUUGGUCGGUCGAUUUGGUUAUUAAAUCGACUUGAGAACAACGAAUGUGGGCUUCUUUUGUAGCGGCGCGCAUUCUCGACCCAGUGUUUGUCGGAUACAACACGCACAAGAACGCGUUUGGUCUGUUUUUCAAGGAUUACCACGAAACCGAGUGGUAACUAUAUAGUAGUACUAGUAUUCAUAGUAGUACUAGCUAGGAAUACCCCGAAACAAACAAGUUGAGGAUGCAUGUG